UUGUCGUCCCAUCCAUGUCCUUGCUCGUAUCGUACUUCUCUAUCUCUAUCUCUAUCUGUAUGCAUAUAUUGUAGUGUAGUAAGAAGCCCCCCAAUUUCUUUCCUCCUCGUCAGAUCCGUCCUCUUUCUCUCCAUUAAGAACGACACUCAUCCUCUACCUUUUGUCAACUCUCCUAUAUAUAUAUAUAUAUUAUUUGGUUUGAUUCGUUGGAUAUUCGAUUCGAUGAAAUUGUGAAUGUCGGUUGUGUUCAAUCUCCGAAUUUUGAUUUAGGUGAGUUUUCUCAGAUCUAAAUCACUGUAAUGAGAAUUUUGUUGUCCGUACUUCAUUCUGGUUUCUUCUUCUCAGCUUUGGAUCUAAGAUUAGUACUCUGCAAUGGUAAGUAGUUAGUUCAUUCAUUAUUGCACAUUAGUUCCAACAUUUCCAGUUUCCCGACAAUGUCGAACUCCUUCCAUUGUUUGUUCCUGUCGUAUUAUGCCUUUUUAGUGUAAUGAUGUUGCUUCUACACAGACAAUCAGUUUCUGAAAGAUUGUGAAAUCUCUGCCCUCCAUUGUCGGUACCAUGUCUGUGUAUACAACUAGACAUGGAUAUAGAAUUGUUUGUCCCGCCGGCGCCGGAGAUGAACUCCGGCGAAGACAGCUGUAAACUCACUCUAUUUCCGAUGAAAUUGAUGAACCUGUCCUCGUCGUCGUCGACGUUCUUCUCCGCCAAUCCGUCGCCGCCCGCAGAUACAACGAGGACAGAUCGAAGUGCCGAACCGAGCACUUCGAAUAGUCCUCGGAGUCGGGACGACGCAUCGUCUUCAGAUCGCGAAUUAUUAAGCUAUGUCGAUCGUAAUUCGAAAUAUUGCGCCAGGCAGAGGCGUCGGGGAAGAAAACCCAGGAGAUCGCGUGAUGCGUCGAACCCUCCGUCGUCGUUUUAUUACAACCGACGGACGAGCUGCGAUGUGUACAUAGGCUUUCACGGCCGGAAGCCGUCGUUGAUUCGGUUCACUAAUUGGCUUCGCGCCGAGCUAGAGGUUCAAGGCGUGAGUUGCUUUACGACGGACAGGGCGAGGUGUCGAAAUUCUCGCAAGCGUCGGAUAGUCGAGAAUGCGAUGAUCGGUUGUACAUUCGGCGUGGUUAUAGUGACGAAGAAGUCGUUUAGGAACCCGUACACGAUCGAGGAGAUUCGGCAUUUCGCUGAGAAGAAGAAUUUGGUCCCAGUGUACUUCGAUUUGGCGCCUAACGAAUGUCUCGUCCGGGACAUAAUCGAAAAGCGCGGCGAGGUUUGGGAGAAACACGGCGGCGAGCUAUGGCUACGGUACGGAGGGGUCGAGAAUGAGUGGAGGGAAGCCGUGGGCGGGCUCAAAGGUGACGAUGAUUGGAAGCUCGACGCGCACGACGGGAAAUGGCGGGAUUGUAUAUUGAGAGCCGUCGCGCUUUUGGCGUCAAGGUUAGGGAGGCGGAGCGUCGUCGACCGAAUCGCGAAAUGGCGGGAGAAGGCCGAGCGAGAAGAGUUUGUAUACCCGCGGAACGAGCGUUUCAUUGGUAGGAAGAAAGAGUUGUUCGAGCUUGAGUUUAUGCUGUUCGGCGACGUGUAUGGCGAUGUCGAGAGGGAUUAUUUCGAAAUCAAGACUCGGGCGAGGAAGAAGAACUCGACGAGGGAAACGAAAGUAGAUGGUCGAAGAAACGGCAAAGAACCUAUUGUAUGGAAAGAAUCCGAAAAGGAAAUCGAGGUACAAAACACCGAGCUUUCUCGACUUCGAAACCUCACGCCCAAGUCGAGGAAGCACGGGAGGCGAAGGUCGACGAAAGUCGCCUACGGUAAGGGGAUCGCCUGUGUAACGGGCGAUCCCGGGAUCGGGAAGACGGAGCUUCUCGUAGAGUUUGCGUAUCGAUACCAUCAACGAUACAAAAUGGUUCUAUGGAUCGGAGGCGAAAGCAGGUACAUUAGACAAAACUAUUUGAACUUAUCGCCAUUCUUAGAGAUCGACGUCGGCGAGGAGAAAGGUCGACCAACGAGCUUCGACGAGCAAGAGGAAGCAGCCGUGGCCCGAGUCCGGAGGGAGCUCAUGCGCGAUAUCCCGUUUUUGGUCGUGAUCGACAAUUUGGAGAGCGAAAUCGACUGGUGGGAUCGAAAGCUCGUCAUGGAUUUGCUCCCCCGUUUCGGCGGAGACUCUCACGUUAUCAUCUCGACUCGCCUCCCGCGUGUUAUGAACAUCGAGCCGUUGAGGCUCUCUUACCUAUCGGGAGUCGAGGCGAUGUCGUUGAUGCAGGGAAGUCUCCGCGAUCAAACGAACACAGAAAUCGACGCGUUGCAGGCAAUCGAGGCGAAGAUCGGAAGGCUCACGCUUGGCCUCGCGAUCGUAGGCGCGAUUCUUUCCGAGCUUCCUAUCACUCCGAGUCGGCUGUUGGAUGCGAUCAAUCGAACGCCUCCGAGGGAUGUGUCGUGGACGGGACGGGACAACCAGACUUUGCGGCGCAACGGUUUCCUCCUACAGCUUUUCGAGGUUUGCUUCUCCGUAUUCGACCACACCGACGGCCCCCAAAGUUUGGCGACGAGAAUGGUACUCGCGUCCGGUUGGUUUGCCCCGGCUCCGAUUCCGAUACCCGUCUUGGCCGUCGCGGCGCAUAAGCUAUCGAAGAAGCACCGGCGUAAUCGCCUAUGGCAAAAAAUACUGUAUUCCGUAACAUGUGGAUUCUCGUCGUCGUACGCACAGAGAUCCGAGGCCGAAGCGUCGUCGCUGCUGUUUCGAUUCAAGAUCGCGAGAAGCUGCACGAGGCACGGGUUUAUCCAAUUUAACGAGCUCGUAAAGGCGUACGCUCGGAGGAGAGCGACCGUCGGGGUUGCUCGGUUGACGGUACAAGCAAUCGCCGGCCGGGGAUCGAUACCGCGCCACGGAGACCACAUGUGGGCUGCAUGUUUCUUGAUUCUAGGGUUCGAUAGAGACUCUGCGACGGUCGAGCUGAGGGCGAACGAGCUCUUGUUUGUCGUGAAAGAAGUGAUCUUGCCGCUUGCAAUAAGGACGUUCGUAACAUUUUCGCGAUGCCGGGCUGCAACGGAGCUGCUUCGUCUCUGCACGGAGGCGCUCGAAGCGGCCGACGAGGCGCUCGUCGUGCCGGUCGAGAAAUGGCUGGACAAGUCGCUGUGCUGGCGACCCGUCGAGACGGGUGCGCAGCUGAAUCCUUGUCUUUGGCAAGAUCUCGCCGUCGCGAGGGCGACCGUGCUGGAAGUCCGGGCGAAGCUUAUGAUGAGAGGAGGGGCGUACGACGCCGCGGACGAUCUGAUUCGGACGGCGAUUUUUAUUCGGACUUCGGUGUGCGGCGAGGAUCAUCCCGACACGGCCGUGUCGCGGGAGACACUCGCUAAGGUUACUAGACUUCUUGCUGAUGUUCACAGCAUUGCUUCGCCGUAGAGUUUCUGUAUAAUGUUGCUGGUUAGAAGGUUUUUUGCAUUUGUCUAUUGUGUAAAGUAACGUACAUUGAACUUGGAACAUAAACUAUUCGAUUCGUGAAAUUGAAAUCAGUGAAA